UGGCAGCGAUGGAGGAAGGCGAGGACAGCCCAGUGGGGGAGAAGAGCCCCUCGGAGAGGGACGGGGCCACCUCGGACCACGAGGGCUCUGCCGAGCACGACUCCUCCAGCCCCCCCAGCAGUGAAGAGUCUAGAGACACUCCAGAGAGUCCAAAGGAGCAGGAAAAGCCAGAUCCUGGAGAAAACCCACAGGAACUGGACACAUGGAAUGGGCCAGAUGAGCUGGAUCUGGAGGUGCAGGAUGGAGAGAGACGGGUGCGAACCCGCAGGAGUCUUCCCGAAGGCUUCUCCUGGGGACCCUUCCAGGGCAGCAUCCACAGCGAGCCAGCAUCACCGGGGCAUGGGGACAUGAGCCCACCCGUGACGCUGGUGCUGGGGGACGAGAGCUGCUGGCUGUCCCGUCUGCCCCUCGUGCCCGGAGAGCCUGAUGCCAACGCCGUCAUCUACAAGAAGGAUGAAGCUCUGUGGUGCCGGACCACACGCACGCUGCGGGAGAACGAGCAUGUGAGCGCCUUCGUGAUGGCAGAGCCACCGGCUGUCCCCAACCACGGGGUGAAGGCGGAGCCCAGCGAAUCCCCGUACCCGGCGGCGCUGCACUCGGACAUCCAGCUGCUGCCACAGCAGGCCGGCAUGGCCGCCAUCCUGGCCACCGCCGUCGUCAACAAGGACGUGUUCCCGUGCAAGGACUGUGGGAUCUGGUACCGGAGCGAGCGCAAUCUCCAAGCCCACCUGAUGUACUACUGUGCCAGCCGACAGAGCGCCAGCGCUGGCUCACCAGCCGUGGAUGAGAAGCCCAAGGAGACGUAUCCCAACGAGCGCGUCUGCCCCUUCCCCCAGUGCAAGAAGAGCUGCCCCAGUGCCAGUUCCCUGGAGAUCCACAUGCGGAGCCACAGCGGAGAGCGGCCGUUCGUCUGCCUGAUCUGCCUGUCCGCCUUCACUACCAAAGCCAACUGUGAGCGGCACCUGAAGGUGCACACAGACACCCUGAAUGGUGUUUGCCACAGCUGCGGCUUCAUCUCCACCACAAGGGACAUCCUGUACAGCCACCUGGUCACCAACCACAUGAUCUGCCAGCCGGGCUCCAAGGGCGAGGUGUUCUCCCCUGGAUCAGCCCUUCCUGCUGCCAAACCCAUCGCUCCUGGGCUGAGCCAGCCGAACAACGCGUCCCUGCGGAAGUGCAGCCUGCCAGCGUUCCUGCCCGAGGGGCUGCCGGCGCUGCCCCAGCACAUGGUGCUGCCCGGCCCCCCACCCGGCCCCCCGCCUGGCCCCGACGCCACACUGCCCUCAGCACCACCUUCCUCGCCCCCUGAUGCCAGGGCUGGCAAGCUCUCACCACCAGCCCAGCCACAGAAUGGGGAAGGGCCUUCAUCAGCAUCAUCCUCCUCUUCCUCCUCCUCCACCUCCAGUGAGACUAUCCGCAUCAAGGAGGAGCCUGCCAGCAGCCCAGUGAGCGAGGCGGAGGCACCGAAAAGCGGGGAGGGGGCCGGCAGCCCCGACGCUGGCUCCCGGACCUCGUCCCCCCGCAGCCUGCCCCCGGCCAAGGUCAAGUCAGAGCUCACCAGCCCCACACCGGGCUCCAGCCCAGUGCCCAGCGAGCCAGGGACAGGCACAGCCGGCGGCACCGUCUUCCUCCCCCAGUAUGUGUUCGGCCACGAAGCCGCAGUGGUGCCGCAGGCAUCGGAAAUCCUGGCGAAGAUGUCAGAGCUGGUGCACAACCGGCUGAAGCAGGGCCACGGGGGCACGGUGCCACCCACCAUCUACACAGGCACGCCGGUGCCCAAGGGUGCCACUUGCUUUGAGUGCGAGAUCACUUUCAACAACAUCAACAACUACUACGUGCACAAGCGCCUCUACUGCUCCAGCCGCCACCUGGCCGAGGACAGUCCCCCCGGGGCACGCAAGCUCAAAGCACCCCCUGGGGCACCCAAGGGUCCUCCUGCCCCGGGGACACUGCUGUCCCCUCCGGUGGGCAACGGGCAGGGGACACCAGCAGGGGAUGGGGACACCGGCCGCGAUGCCACACCACUGACCACUGUGCCAGAGGUGAAGGCAGAAGAGGGGGGUGGCAAAGCAGGGUCCCCCGAGGCAGAGGGGGGACCUGGGCGAUGCAGCGAGGACAGCCAGAGCCCCGGCAGCUCGGCGGGGGACGAGGGGGAUGAAGACCCCAGCAAGACGUUGUGUGAGGCCUGUAACAUCCGCUUCAGCCGCCACGAGACCUAUGUGGUGCACAAGCGCUUCUACUGUGCCUCCCGCCAUGACCCCCCCCUGCGCCGCCCCACCGCCCCCAAAGUGCCCUUCCUGCCGCAGCCCCUGCGCACCCGCAAGCGCCGCAAGCUCUACGAGAUCCACGGGGCCGCUCACCGACCUGCCGAGCCCCCACCAGCCCCCGACCCACCACCGACCACCGACCCAGCCAGUGCUGCCCCCUCGUCUCACGCCAGCCCCGAUGCCGAGGGUCCCAUUGACCUGAGCAAGAAGCCACGGUGGCAGAGUGAACCGGCACCAGCUCCGGCACCGCUGCUGCCCUUGGCUGACUACCACGAGUGCACCGCAUGCCGCAUCAGCUUCAACAGCCUCAACACCUACCUGGUGCACAAGAAGUACCAGUGCCCGGCCACCCCACUGCAGCCCCGCACCCUCGAGCACCUCCAGAAGAUGAAGGGGGCCAUGCCCGCCCCCCUCAAGGGGCGGCACAGCCCCGGCAGCCCCAAUGAGGGGGACCCUGAAGGUGUGCGGGUGAGGGCAGCCCCAGCGGGCAGCCCCAGCAUCCCCUAUGCCGGGGCGGACUCACUGCAGCGUCACCCCAAGAGUCCCCUGCCACCCCCGGGGGCGAAGGGACCUCUCGCUGCCUGUCCCUACUGUCCCCUCAACGGGGCCAUCAAGGGCGACCUCCUCGAGCACUUCCGUAACGCCCACGGGCUCUUCGUGGCCAAGCCGGCGGCGGCCGGGCAGGGGGUCCCCGACACCCUGGCCCCUGGUGCCAGCAGGACACCCGAGCCCCCUCUGCCCACGACGUCACCCCCUCGCCCACCUGCCCCCCGCCUCCGCCGGGACAGCUGCAGUGCCAAGGAGGGCCAGGAUGGUGGCGGCAGCCCCCGGCCCCCUGCGUCCCCCCGGCCACCCCCCUCGCCCGGAGCCCCGGAGGCACUGCGGGAAGCUGCCCGCAAGCCCCCCACGCCCCCCGCCUACACGGACAGGGGGGUGCAGACCCCCCCGGCCAAGGCUGUGCCUGGCCCUGUGCCCAACGGCAACCACAGGUACUGUCGCCUCUGCAACAUCAAGUUCAGCAGCCUCUCCACCUUCAUCGCACACAAGAAAUAUUACUGCUCCUCCCACGCUGCCGAGCACGUCAAGUAACCCCUCCCCAUGCCCCCUGCCAUUGCUCGGGGGGCUGCAGGGGCUGGGGGACAGGUGCCUGACACCCCUCCCUUGCAGGGGUUGGUGGGGGGAAGAGGACCCCCAGGAGGCUCUUCUGGGGCAGCUUCAGCAUCUGGAGCCCCAAACUUCACCCCAGCUCAGGGGGUCUGAGGACCCUAUGGUGGGGAGCGUGGUGCUGAGGGGGGUCAGCCCCCACCUCUGCCCAAAAACUGAGG